CCUCGUCGAGGUCGCGUCACCCGGACAAACUCCGAAUCCAAAAAAACAAAAGCGCACGCCCCGGACGCAAACCCAAAGCCCAAACCCGACGCAACUGCUCUUCCGUUCCUUCCCUCCCUUUGCCUUGCUUGCUUCCUACGCCCGUCGCUGCUGCCUACACGAGCCCUCGGCCACGUCACGGCGGGGGGGAGUCGAGAGAGACCCCAUGGGCGCCGUAGCGGGUUACCGACGCAGCCGUCACCUUCCGUCGUCGCGCGCGCCGCGGCCGCGAUGAGCAGCUCGACUAGGACCGCUGCGGGUCCGCCGGAUCCGGGCGCCGACCACGCAGUCGCUGCGUGGCCUGACUUCCUGGGCCGCCUCGCCGAGCUCGCGGCCGCGGCGGAGGCACGGGCCGCCCUGGCGCGCCGUCUCGAGGCCGCGCUCGAGGUGCGGAGGGAGUCGCUGCGGCAGAACGCGGCGCUGGACGAGAUGAGGCGGCGGCUGGAGCGGAAGCAGAGGCGCGCGGAGGAAGCCGUCGUCGGGAAGAGGAGGGCGGUCGAGGGCGUCGAGCGGCGAAGGGAGCAGCUGCAGGCGCAGAUCGAGCGGGUGCUGCCGCUCUCCAGGGCCCUCGCCGCCGCGCACAGGCGAGUGCAGGAAGCCAAGGAGGAGUUAUCUGGAGAGAAGGCGCGGCUUGGGGAUCUGCAGAGACUGCUUAGGAUGAGGCAGCAGUUUAUGGUAGCCCAGGUUGCUGCCCUGCACCCUGCGAGGAUCUUCCAUGAACUGACGGUCGCAGAAAACCAUCGUUCAGACGCUAAUGGAGAGCAUGGAACAAUGUCAGAAGAAAAUGAGGCACUUCCACGCAAGAAUGGAAAUGGAACACAUCUUCUCAAUGUUAUCAAAUCUCCACACGUUCCUCACUUGACAUUUUUUAGUUGGCACAUAGGAAAGCAUAAAACAAAGCAGCAGAGUUACAGUCACAAGGAGCUUCAGAGGUCAGCAGCUGUGCUGGGAUAUGCCGCACAUGCAGUCUUGCUCAUAGCCUCAUAUCUUGAUGUCCGGCUCCGGUAUCCUUUGCACUUCGGAGGAUCACGAUCUUAUGUGAGUGAUCGUUUGCCUUCAGAUGAAGCAGCAUCUGUUGCUUCAGCAGAACAUCGAGGUGUCAACAGCAAUGACUCAAAACUAACAGAUUACCCCCUUUUCCUGGAAUUCCAAGAUGAUUCUACUAAGGCGUCCUAUGCCAUUUACUUGUUGCACAAGGAUACGGAGCAGCUUUUGGACUACAUUGGAGCAGAGAGUUCUGAAAGGAAUGUAUUUGGUAAUCUACGGGAACUUAUUAGGAUUAUACAGUCAGAUGAGUAUUUGUACAUAUGAUCGAUGACUGCGAUUUUGGAUUGGUUAUACUGUAGAGUUGGUAGCAUGUACUUACAGAGUUACAGUUGUAAGUAGGUGUUCUUUCUGUUCUUUUGUGUGGUUCUUGCCUACUUCUGCAGUGCUGAGUUUUUGUGUGCACGGGAAAGUGGCACGGUGGAUUCUGCUAUAGAUUAAAUGAUAUUUACUUACAAAAGGGUUUACCAUGGGCAUCAGCCUGUCCAUGUAUAUGUUUUCAGGUUUCUGGGUAGUACACUCGAGGCUAUUGAGCAAUACCAUUAUUGGUUAAUGUUA